AUGACGACACCGUCCGAAUACAUUGACCAACUGUGGAGGGAGGCAGUGGAUCGUGGUGUCCAGCCGCCAGAAUGGUCCCCCCAGUACAAGUGGAAGGAUUUGAUUCCAAACUUCUGUAUAUUUCUUCCCCAAAAUCCAGCAGAUCUGUCAGUGGAGAAUAGGCGGAAGUUAUGUUCUGAACCAACCAAAUUGUCGUACUUUGCCUUCCUGGAUUUCGAAAGCAGCCAGGUGGGAUACUGUCCGUGUCGUCAAGAAAUACUCCAGACGAAAAUGCAUUUCUUCGAAGAUGUCGACGAGAACCCCUUUAAGAUUGUCAAGGAGGGGAUAUUUGUCGAACGUUUAGAGGAUUUGAAAACAAUGAUCGCGAAGAUCACGAACGACAAGCAAUGCAGCGUCGUCGGUAUUGACAUGGAACAUCACCACCGUAGAAGCUACCGGGGUGUUACAUGCCUCAUUCAGCUGGGCACAGCUGAAUAUGUAUAUGUAAUUGAUGCUUUGAAGCUGUUUGAUCAUCUGCACAUUCUGAACGCUAUAACUGCAAACCCCACCAUUGUCAAAGUUUUUCACAACGGCGACAACGACAUCGCCUGGCUGCAGCGAGACUUCAACGUCUUCGUUGUCAACGCUUUUGACACCGGAAAGGCCGCCAAGUAUCUGGGCGUCCCGGGAGGCACCUCCCUGAGGAAUAUUCUUCAACGGGAAUUCAAAGUAAUAAAAAACGAGAGGAUGAGCACAUGUGACUGGUCCCGCAGGCCCUUAACAUGGGACAUGCGGAAGUACGCGUUUGCGUGCUUCUCUGCUCUGUCCGCGGACCGCCCUAUUCGCCAGGUUGCUCCUAUUGUUCGUGUCUUCGUCUAUCUGUGGGUCUCCUCAGUUUGUGCUCUUUGGUGUGAGCGAACGAAGUACAUCAACAACCUUCCCAUUGAUUCGCCAUACACGUAA